AUGCACUUUAGAGGAAUUGUAAGAGCACUUAGCUCGCCCACUCUUAGAUUAGCAACAAAUCGAGGUUCUUCUCAGGUCUCUUCCGGUGUUUCUAUCACUGCAAAGAGGUGCUAUGCUCAAUCCUGGGACAACAAUCGGCCCAACAAAGACAUCGAAGCCCACGUGAAAGUACAGGGUCUACUGGAUGAAAUCCAAAGUCACCCAAAUGUUGCUUCGAAACUACGAGCUGUUAGUGAGAUCAUGGUUUCCAAGGGUCUUGCCAAUGACUCUGCUCCCCCGGGACCAUGGCAAGUGGUCAAAAUCUUGACUGACAAAGAUGUGAGACAAGCGAUGGCAGAAUUCAAAGAAGAACUGGCGAAAUCGGGUAUCGAAUUAGGUCCAGAACAAUUGGAACCAUUGAUGGCGGUGCUAGGCAUGGAGAAAAAAUAG